CUUAUACACUCUAGGGCAGCAUCAUGUGGCAGCUGCUACCGCAGACGGCUCUGCUACUUCUUGUUUCAUCUGGCUUGCACGCUGCAGAUCUUCCAAAGGCUGUGGUGUCCCUAGUUCCUUCAUGGGAUAGGGUACUCCAGGAAGACAACGUGACUCUGCAGUGCAAUGGGGACCAUCCACCUGGAAACAAGAGCACAGAGUGGUUUCACAAUGGGAACCUCCUCUCCAACAAGGACUCGAGCUACUUUAUUGCAGAUGCCAGAGUUGAGCACAGCGGAGAGUACAAGUGCCAGACAAACCUCUCUACACUCAGUGACCCAGUGCAGCUAGAAGUCCAUGUGGGCUGGUUGUUGCUCCAGUCCCGUAAGUGGGAGUACAAGGCAGGGGAGGACGUUCACCUGAGGUGUCACACCUGGAAGAACACUUUUAUGCACAAGGUCACGUAUUUACAGAAUGGCAGAGGCAAAAGGUAUUUCCAUGAGAAUUCUGACCUCCACAUUCAAAAAGCCACAGCUGAUGACAGCGGCUUAUACUUCUGCAGAGGGCUUAUCGGAAAGAAAAACGUGUCUUCUGAGACUGUGAACAUCACCAUUCGAGGCUCAAUAAGUCCACCCAUUUCAGCACUCUUUCCUUGGCAUAGAGUCACUUUCCUCCUGGUGUUGAUGCUCCUGUUUGCAGUGGACACGGGACUGUAUUUCUCUGUGCAAAGAAACCUUCAAAAUGCAUCAAGUAAUUGGAAGGACCACAAAUUUAAAUGGAGCAAGGACCCUUAGAGCAAAUGACCCCUUCUCUCAUGGGGGUAAUAAGAGCAGUGGCAGCAGCAUCUCUGAACCUUUCUCUGAAUUUGCAACCCCAUCAUCCUCAUUAGGCAUCUCCACGAGCAGCAGGAAAAAUACAACUCAAAGCCUGGGUUGAGAACUCCCCCUCCCCCCAUUCUCUAUUUUCUCUUUAUUGCCAAUGGAAAGGAAAGGCCUAUGAUCUUCAAGUGCCAACAGUGAAACCCCAGUGAUUAGCUACAUCCUUAGGAAUUGAAGUGGGAAGGCUAUACACUGUCCUAACCAUUCCCUCAUAUAAGAAUUGUUCCUAAAUAAAUAGAUCAGUAGGAUGGUUGAGGUAGAGCCAGCUGGACAGCAGUCUGCAUCUAUUGCUGCAGGGCUGGUUGCCUUCAGGGAAUCCCAAACCCCUUCCAGACAGAAUGUGGGAACUGCUAGGAUUGAAGGGAUUCUGCAGAACCAUUGAAGGGGAUGGCUGAGAAAGAACAGAGUGGUCCAGGAUAGGCCAGAGGCAGUACUGCCAUCUGGCCCCAGAGAGAAGGCUGUCUUCCUAGAACAUGGGCCAUGG